UACUGUUUCCUUUUCUCUCUACGCGCACUCUUUUCAUUAUCUUCUCUCACUUUACUAUAUAUAGUAAUAUUCUUGUUUUGAUGGCUUUAUUGAAUUUUCCGUCAAAAACAGUAUAGCCUGUGGCAAUCCACCGAUCAGUUUCGAUCAAAUUUUGGGUGUAAUUCUAAAAAGGAUAUGAUUUUCUUGUCCUUAUCUCUCAUUUUUCAAUGUAUUUUCAUAUGGGUAUUAAUUAGUUUUAGCUUUGAUCGUUGUAUAGUCUCACGUGUAAAGAUGUUGACAAUUUCAUCAUUGCCGGCUUUGACUCUGAUCUAUUCUAAUUUUUGUAACAAACUGACAAAAGGGUUUAAAUUUCUUUUUAUAGUUAAACAUUUUGGAAUAUUCCAUUGACACUAUCAAGGGGUCGUUUGGUUCGUGGACUAAAUUAUCCCGGAUUAUAGUCCCGGCCUUAUAAUCUUUGGACUAACUUAUCCCUUCUGGGAGACGGGAUAAAAUAAUCCAAAUUUGAUUGGGGGUAAGGUGGGAUAUCCAGGAUUAAGUACGACAUUAAAUUUAUACUACAUUUGGUGUGUAUAAAUUUAAUCCCAAACUUAAUCGUGGGAUAUCUCACCUUAUCCUGCAUAACCAAACAUCCCUCGGGAGACGGGUAACCAAACAAUUUUUUCUUUGGCUAAUAUUUUUCCAAACCCUCAGAAUAUUUUCUUAAUUAUAGAAGUUCUGAGUUUGUAGUACUUUUUGAAUUUACUUCAGAAAAUUUGAUCUCAGAACUCUGAAACUCGUAAUUUUUUUUUGUUUUUUUUUUGUAAUGGAUGUGUUGAAUUGUAUAGCUGUUAGAUAAGAUGGUCAUACAAUUCAACAUAGUAUCACAGUAGGCAAAGGUCUUUUGUUCGAGCCUCGCCGCCACCCUUUAUAACGAAAAAAGAAUUUUCACGUCUUUGGCCUAUGAAAAAGAAUCAGGUAAGGGGGCGUGUUGAGAAUAUAUUAAGUAAAUAAAAGUGUGUUUUCUGAAACAACUUAAGUUUUUUAAAUGAAACAUCACACACCUCAACAAGAUGCAUUAUACUUUUUUAUUCUAGUCGUAAUCAAUUUGAACUACAGAGAGCAAAAAAAUAUUGCAUUAAAGGAACUUGAUUUUUUUUUGUUUUGUUUCUGUGAAAGGUGAUUAAUGGCUCCGAGUAUUAGGAAGGCAAUUGGUGCGGUCAAAGAUCAAACUAGUAUAAGCCUAGCUAAAGUGAACGGCAAUGUCGCUCCAGACCUUGAAGUAUUGGUGGUGAAAGCAACCACUCAUGAUAAUGAUCCAGCAGAUGAGAAAUAUAUUAGGGAGAUUUUGUACUUGACCUCUAAUUCUAGAGGAUAUGUGAGUGCUUUUGUUUUUGCAGUGUCGAAGAGGUUAAGUAAAACUCAUGAUUGGGUUGUGGCGUUGAAGGCCUUAAUGCUUGUUCAUAGGCUGUUAACUGAUGGAGACCCCGUACUUGGGCAAGAAAUCAUGUAUGCAAGUCGGAGAGGGAUGAGGAUUUUGAAUAUGUCUGAUUUUCGUGACGAAGCUCACUCUAACUCGUGGGAUCAUUCCGGAUUCAUUAGGACUUACGCUGUUUACUUAGAUCGGAAGCUUGAGUUUACAGUCUAUGAUAGGAAGAUGAAUGACGUUGAUGAGAAAAAGAGGUUUGAAGAUGGUUAUGGGAAUGACAGGGAAGAGAAAAAGAGGUUUGGAGAUGGUUAUGGGAAUGAUAGGGAAGAGAAAAAUGGUGUGACACCAGUUAGAGAAAUGAAGCCCGAGAGGGUUUUAGAGAGGUUGAAUCAAUUGCUUCAGCUUCUUGAUAGGUUCUUGGCUUGUAGACCGACUGGAGCAGCAAAGAAUAGUAGGAUGGUGCUGGUGGCACUGUAUUCUCUUGUGAAGGAGAGCUUCACUUUUUAUGCCGAUAUUUGUGAGGUAUUACAGAUUUUGUUAGACCGCUUCGGGGAGAUGGAGUAUGCUGAUUGCGUCAAGGCGUUUGAUGCUUAUGUUAGUGCAGCAAAGAUGAUCGAUGAGCUCGUGGGGACUUACAAUUGGUGCAAGGAUAUUGGGAUUGCAAGGUCAUCCGAGUUCCCGGAAGUGCAGGUCAUCACUGAUAAGCUUUUGGGCACGCUCGAGGGAUUCUUGAGAGAGAGGGCAAAUAGGCCAAGAAGCCCUGAGAUAAAUAGAGUGGAGAGUUCAUCAGCAGUUAAAGAGGAGAAAACACCGGAUAUGAACGAAAUCAAAGCUCUCCCACCACCCGAGAAUUACUCACCACCACCUCCUCCUCCUCCUCAACCUGUACCUCAGCCAAAGCCACAUACUCAACAGGUAACUGAAGACUUGGUGAAUUUGAAGGAUGAUGGAGUGACAGCUGAUGGUGAGGGCAAUAAAAUGGCAUUAGCCUUGUUUUCUGGACCGGUAGCCAAAGGAAAUGGCUCCUGGGAAGCAUUCCCGUCUGAUGGAGAGACCGGACAAGUAACUUCAGCUUGGCAGACACCAGCAGCUGAGAUUGGGAAAGCUGACUGGGAAUUAGCAUUGGUAGAAACAGCCAGUAAUUUGUCAAAGCAGACGGCUGAUUUAGCAGGUGGUUUUGAUUCGCUGUUGUUAAACGGAAUGUACGAUCAGGGGACCGUGAGGCAGCACGUGAGCCAUACUCAGGAGACUGGUGGGAGUGCCAGCAGCGUGGCAUUGCCUGGAGUGGGAAAGAGCGCAAAACCUAUGCUCGCUUUGCCUGCCCCUGAUGGAACAGUCCAACCAGUAGGGAAUCAAGAUCCAUUUGCUGCUUCCCUUGCAGUGCCACCUCCUUCGUACGUCCAAAUGGCAGAACAGGAGAGGAAACAGCAUUUGUUAAUGCAGGAACAACAGCUGUGGCAGCAAUAUGCAAGCAACGGGAUGCAAGGCCAAAUGGGUUUGUCUAGACUAGCUGGAACUACGGGCUACUAUGGCGCUGGAAUGCAACCAUCAAUGCCUUAUGGGAUGCCACAAGGUGCUGGAAUGGGACAGUCAGCAGGAUAUUACUUUACUCCUCUCUGAAUCGCCUCUCGGGACAUGUGCUUUUGCUACAUUGCAGUUUUUAUGACAUGGGAAAAUGAGCUAAAAAGGCUGUUUGAGAGUGGAAUGCACUAUAAGAGAUUUCUAUUUCUUUUUCCUUUUCUUUUGUUAUAACUAUAUAAUUAUGAAGAAAUUGGGGUUAAAUUAAAAUAUUUAAAAACUUAGGGGGAUAGAAUUAAAAUAUAAAAACAUUGUAAUAAACCAAUGUUCCAAGCCUAACAAAACAAAGCUGCCCGUUCUUUAUCUCCUCUUCUCUUCUUCUGUUCUUCCCGUUCUUCUCUAUAUCUCCUCUCCACUUUUUUCUCUUUAACCAUUUUUUUUACUAGUUUCUCCUCCAAGAACAUUCUUUCUCUGCAAAUUCGAGUUUUUUGAGAUAAAAUGGAAACCAAAAAUCAAAAAGUUUAUAAAAGAAGGCCUAGAAAAAAGGCUAGGUCAACGGAAGAGGAGUCUGCUUCUGCUGGAGAAGCGGAUAGGUUUCCACAAGCUCAGGAAACAGAAGAAUUGACCUCAUCAGCUCGUGGUUCAGUUAGAGAAGAUGAAAGUGUAGAAGAUGAGGAAUCAAUAGAUCAGGAAGAUAAAAAUGAAAGUGGAAAAGAAAGUGUAGAAGAUGAGGAAUCAAUGCAUCAGGAAGGACAAAAUGAAAGUGGAGAAGGAAAUGCAGAAGAUGAGAAAUCAACGGAUCAACAAGAAGAAAAUGAAAGUGGAGAAGAAAGGGAAGAAGAAACAAAUCAUGUACUUUUCGAACAAAGAAAAAAAGUAUUACAUGAUGAGAAUGCUGCCCUUCAAGAUCAAAUUUUGCUGAUGAUUCUGAUACUGAGAUUACCGAAUGCAUCAAGUCCAUUGAUCUUACAAAAUAUAGCUUCAAGACACAUUAUUCCGCGCAUGGUGAUAUUCCGGGAAAGAUUUUUGUAAAGUCACCUCUAGGAGGAAUGGCAUUUCUUGAAUUCAGAGGAGUUCUGGUAGAACAAGGUAUUUUAGAUAGGUUCAAAAAAAAUUGUUUUGGGCAUUUUAUGGAUAUUCCAAUGCAGCGAGUAAAUUUUGGGUGGCUGAUAGUUCAUGGUCUUCUACUCCGACGCAUCAUUUGUCAGAAAAAGAUGGAGCUGUGGUUUGAAUAUGAAAAUAUGCCUGUGUGAAUUGGAUUAAGGGAAUUUGCCUUGAUGACGGGACUGCGGUGUCACCCCUUUCCUUCUGAAGAGGCAUUGGCUAGUCGGGUAAAGAAGCGUGAACCAUUAUGGGAGUUUGUUUCCAAGGAAGGAAAAACUGUUACAGCUAACUUCCUCGUUGAAAAGAUCAAAUCACCUGAAACACCAAAAAAUUAUAAGUUUUCACUUGCCUUAGUUUGGUUCUAUCACUGCAUCUUAAGUGCAAGAGAUAUAUCAUCAGGUGUUGAUGCCGACAUGACCAAGCUAGCUUGCAAGCCCUCUGUCUUCAACGAAUAUCCGUGGGGUCUCAAAAGCUAUCUUUUGACUGUUGAGUAUCUUGCAAAACCAAUAAAAUCUGAAUACAACCUUUACGGCUUCACGUGGGCAUUCCUGUAAUUUAGGCUUGGGCUUUUGAAGCUAUUCCGAAACUUCAACGAAAUGCUAAGAAUGUUCCCCCUAAGAGAGGACAUUGCCACGUAUGCUAAGGUGGAUGUCGUAUGGAGGCCUAAAAAAAUCUAUAGAUCCAUUCGGUACCACUGAUGAAAACGUAGUGCACCCUUUCCUGAUUCCUACAAAUGCAGAUAAAA